AUGAGGAAAUUAGGGUAUGUUCCGGAUACGAAGUUUGUGUUGCAUGAUAUGAAGAACGAGCAAAAGGAAUACGCUUUGUCUACUCAUAGUGAAAAGCUUGCAGUUGCUUUUGGGAUUUUGAAGCUUCCUUCGGGAGCCAUGAUUAGGGUUUUCAAGAACUUGAGGAUUUGUGGGGAUUGUCAUAAUGCGUUUGAGUUCAUGUCGCAAGUUAUGGAAAGAGAAAUUGUUGUGAGAGAUGGGAAGAGGUUUCAUCAUUUCAGGAAUGGGAAAUGUUCUUGUGGCAAUUACUGGGACCCACCUCACCUUAAUCCUCUUCCAGUUCCCGACACCACCUCCGAUCAUCAUCUUCGACUCCGACACCACCUCCUGUCAUCAUAUCUGGCUCCGAUCAUCCUCUCUCCAUUAUAG